UAUUAUUAUAUUGAGGAGCCACGUUGACCCCGGGGACCUCCGUCCCUGCUUGGGUGUUAAUCGUCUCUCCAUCUGUUCGGACCAGCCGCCUCCUCAAAACCUCACGAAAGCAUAGGAAAAGUAGUGGACGUACCCUAAUCGAUUCUGAAAUCGUCGGACAAUUGCAAUGAUAGAAGGUGCCCGCAUCCAUCUUAAUGGGUGGCAACGUGCUGCAGUUGCGCUGGGUUCGGCAGUUGGUGCUUUACUGGACCCGAGAAGAGCAGAUCUGAUAGCAGCUCUGGGGGAGACAACUGGAAAGCCUGCUUUUGAAAGGGUUCUUCAAAGGAUGAAGAAUAGUCCUGAAGGCAGAGCCAGUGGCAAAGCGGUACCAAACCCCAACUUCUCAAAGGAAGGUCAGGGGUUCAAACCUCAGUGCAGGUAUGAGUGUGCAAUACUACUAGAGAGGCCUCGUAUCAUCUCUACAAAAGUGGGGCAUGCGUGGGACCUACCAGAAAACACAUUUGGUGCUGCUUACGCUAGGUUUAUGGGAUCCAGGAACUUCUCUCCAGAUGAUCGCCCACCGGUGCGAUUCAUGGACACAGAAGAACUGGCAUAUGUGGCAAUGCGUGCCCGUGAGGUUCAUGACUUCUGGCACACCCUGUUUGGCCUUCCGACCAACUUGAUUGGCGAGUCAGCACUAAAGGUGAUAGAGUUUGAGCAAAUGCUGCUUCCUAUGUGCCUUAUGUCCGUUGUAGGGGGCACUGCGAGAUUCAGUGAGAAGCAAAGAUCAAUGUUCUACCAGCACUACUUCCCCUGGGCCCUCCAGGCUGGUGUGCGAUGCACAGACCUUAUGUGUGUAUAUUACGAGAGGCACUUUCAUGAUGAUCUGGAUGUUGUUCGGAAGAGAUGGGGGAUAAUACCUGCUCCUCCUGCUCCCAAACCAAAUUUGGCCUGAGUUGUCUGAUAGGCAGUAGCUGUAUCCUGUUUGGAAACAGAAAUUAUGAGGUGGAAUUUUAGGUUGGUUUUUUUUUUUUUUUUUGGCCAUUUCUGUGUAAACUAGGAUAGUACAUGUACCAACAGAAAUGCAUUCGAACAGUUGAAGGAAUCUAAAGGAAUGAUUUAACCUUUCGUCA